UCCCACAAUUCAUAGUCCCUUCAGGGCCUUUUUUGGUCACCGAAGUCGGUCCAAGAAGCGGGUCAGACGCGGGUCAGGAAUGCCUCUCUCAUCAAACCCUACACCUCCUGGCCCCAGCCCCACGGCACGCGCAGGCACGAGCGAAGGUCAUGAAAGUGGCUUGCGUUCAUUCCGCAUCGUUGGGCGCAUCCUCUUUAAUGACGAGCUUGAAAAAUCCGGACUUCGUUAUCCUCAAAUACCCAAUCGUGGCGCCUCCCCUUCACGAAUGGAUGUCGACUCGCGACAUCCGUCACCACCAUCUCCCCCGAAGAAGCGAAAACAGAGGGAGGCCGGCUCAUUUACAGCUGUUCUGGCGAUAUGCCAUGAUUCACACUCUGGGCGUGGGAUCGAGUUCAUCCCCGAAGGUUUGGAUUGUCUAGGUUUAUGCGGUUCAGCACCAAAGCGCGUCGACGGUGCCGUAACUCCCUAUGGUCUUGAUAGGGAAUGCAGCCAAGUCGGCCUGCUGGGCAAGGAGAUCCUGGAGAUCACCUGGGCAGGUUGUCUAGCUCUUCUAGAUGGAUAACCAUGAUACGCACAUGUGCUGUGGAUCUCGCUUGCUUUCCAUUUCAUGUUAUAGGUUUUUAUACACCACUUCGCUUUUCACCCAUUGCAUACACCCGAACAUUUCUUGUUACAUUUUCGUUUAGUUAACGCGUCACCCCCGCGUACACACACUACAAAACCACCUCAUGUACAUUCUCUUGGCCGUUUAUUACGGGUACAUGCUGUAUUGUCCAUAUCUACAACGCAAACUAUUUGUGCUUCAAGUCGCG